GGAGAGGUGGCGGCAGGCCGAGGACAGGCCGGAAGAGGAGAGGCCGGCUGAGGCUGCCCGGCUCCCCAGCACCUGUGCUCGCACCCCAGGCUCCAACACCUGAGCUCCCAGCUGCCUCUUUGAGUCAGUGCAACUCUGGUCACCUCUUCAGCUCAGCCCCAGGGUGUGGGCCCUGAAGGAUUACCCUGAUCCGCCCUCUCUUAGGACACGGGAGUGUUAACCGCAGAAUCAGGUUCACAUGGACACGCUAACGAAGCAGAGGCGUGUCUGGAAAGAGGAGUUCUGGCAGAACCCCUGGGACCAGGGGGGCCUGGCAGUGGUCAGCAUAUUCAUCGUCAUGGUCCUGAUGCUCAUGAUGUUCGCGACUGUGUUUGGGGCACUCCUUCCACUCGAGAAGGUCGACCAGCUUGACGAGUCAUGACCUGACUCUCUGGGGGCCUGGGGGGCUACCUGUUAUAUACUCUCCAAACACCAUGGACCUUUUCCUCAAAGCCCUUAUACAGCCUAAAAUUAUACAUUUUUAUGUGAUUCUCUGAUAAGUGCC